AUGGCUUUGUUCACUAGGAAUGUAGGAUUGCUAGUGCUGCUUGUGUUUGUUUGGUCCUUAACCAUGUGUGAUGCAGGAAUUCUUCCAAAUGCAGGAGCUCUUCCAAAUGCAGGAGCUCUUCCAAAUGUGACACAUGUGAACAUUACUAAUGAUUUGGGCGGAGACUUGACGCUCACUAUUCACUGUAAAUCCGCAGACGAUGAUCUUGGUGCCCAUGUCCUCCCCCCUCUCAUCUCCUAUGAAUUCGUAUUUCGACCCAACAUGUGGUGGACUACACAAUACUUUUGCUCGGUGGAGUGGCCGGGUGCAUCUCACUAUAUUGAUAUAUACAUACAGAAAAGAGAUCAAGAUAGGUGUGACAUUUGUAUGUGGGUUAUAGUACCCUAUGGCGGAUGCUUGUUCAACUACAAGACCAGGCUAUACGACAUUUGCUAUCCAUGGAACCCACCUAGUUAUUAG